CCUUUGUCUCGUUUAGGCUUAUCAAUACGCAAAAAAAGUCGAAGCAGAAACAUAACGAAAACUUUUCUACCUCUUCCCUCACACCUCCAAUCCAACCCUAAAUCUCACUUCCCCCCCAAAGUUACUUCCUUUUUGUAUCAAUCAAUUUUCGAUUUCCCCUGUGAUUAGAUCUGCUUUCAAUUGGUGUUAGUAUCGGUCCCCCUUUUAUAUACUCGUCUUGGAUCCAAUUGGAAUUUUUUUGAAUUUUUAGGGUUCAGAUGAACAACGGAGAGGAAGAAAACGGCGUGGAUGCAGCCUCUCCGUGUUCAUCGUUGCAUUACUCUUCCUGUGGAGAAUCAGAGUUUGAUCGUUAUUGUAGUGCGAACUCGGCUUUAGGAACCCCAAGCGUGUGUGGCUCCACAGGCCCAUUUCACGAUUCCUUGGAAUCUGAUUUUGAUAAUUUCACCUUGGGACCAACAAGUCUAAAGCUCUCUUCUUCUUUCGGUAAGACGACACCGUUAGGUCAAAGAGUUGUUAGUGUAGGCGAGACAACAAGCACUAACAUCAUGAUCCAAGAAACUAAGGUUUCUGAUGAAUUGAAUCAGUUGAGUGAUGUGGAUGAUCAUUCUGAUAGUGAUCAUUCUGGUAAAAAUGUUUACUUUCCACGGAAGCUAGAGCGUAAUGAGGAGUCUAGAGAUGAGAGUGAUAACCCUUUUCUCAUUAAUUCUUCCACUGCUUUUGGUACUAAUGAUUGGGAUGAGUUUGAGCUUGAAGCCACUGAACUUAAUGACACUCCUUUUGACUUCAGCGGGUUUGGGGAGCGUGAGAAAGAGUGUGGUGAAAAUGAAGGGACGUCCACAAAGCUUCCAGAUGUGGCUCAAGCUGGAAAAGGAAUAGAACAUACAAACCUAACAGUGAGCACUAGAGAUACUCCGGAUUUAGGUAAUAGCAUUGAAGAUGUACUAAGACAUAGAGAUUUAACUGUUUUGACCCAAAGGGAGCAAGGUGGUGUAGCAAGAGACAGUAUAACUAUCAGAGGCUCUGCCUCUGGAGACCUGAGUAUUGAUAUGAAAACCUUGGUGGUUCCUCAAUCAGUUGUAAAAGAAGAAUUUGUUGGAGACAGCAACAAUCAAACUGAGGAUAGAUCUGUAGCCAUGAACUACCUUCGGUCUAGUGAUAAUGAUGAUGUCCUGGAUAUCACUCCAGUUGAGUUAGGAAACGAAGAUUUGUCAUGUGGGACUGGUGUUCUUGAUGGCAAUGACUCUUUUGGACUAAUUCACGAAUCAUCUGAGAAUGCAAAACAGUCAAUUACAUUUGGAGAGUGCGACUCAGAGCCUAUGUUUGCAUCAUCGAACUCUGAUAAGCCAUCAUCUACAGAUUCCCAUCCUGUUAUAAGUGCCUUACAAGUCGAUAACACCGAACUUAAGAAGGAGAGCACAGAACUUAACGACUUCUAUGAUGAUUUUGUUCAUGAUAUGGAAGAUAUACUACUCGACUCUGGUGAAUCAUCUGGGGCUAGGUAUUCCAAGAGUGAUAAGAUGUUCCAGCUACAGCUCUCUCUUCCUAACCGGGAUGGGGGACAAACUGCUACAACUUCUGGUCUAGAGGAUUCAUCUCCAAUAGUCUCCCAGAGAUUUAGGAUUGAUAGGGUUGAAGUUGUUGGGGUAAAGCAAAAGAAAGGUGAUGUCUCGCUGAGUGAGAGAUUAGUUGGGGUGAAGGAAUACACAGUGUAUCUCAUAAGGGUCUGGAGUGGGAAGGAUAAGUGGGAAAUUGAACGAAGAUACCGUGAUUUUUAUAGUCUCUACCGUCGGUUGACAUCUUUAUUCGCUGAUCAAGGCUGGACACUUCCUACACCUUGGGCCUCUGUGGAAAGAGAAUCCAGGAAAAUAUUUGGAACAUCGCCCAAUGCCGUUUCUGAAAGGACAGUCCUUAUUCAAGAUUGUGUAAAUUCAGUUCUUCAGUCUCGGUUUUUCCCCACACUUCCAAAUGCUUUACUUCGGUUUUUGUCCCCUCAAGAUGCAAGUUCUACUGGAUCGGAUUCUAUGAUGUCUCCAACAGGCUAUGCUGGCGACACUUUUGCUGCAACCAGUUCUUCCUAUGGAAAUAACAUCUCGCUCAUUGUUGAUAUUCGACCUUAUAAAUCUGUGAAGCAGUUGCUAGAAGCUCAGCAUUACAUUUGCGCUGGAUGCCACAGGUACUUUGAUGAUGGAGCGACUCUUGUGCGGGACUUUGUGAAAGCUCUUGGAUGGGGCAAGCCUCGGCUUUGCGAAUAUACUGGUCAGUUGUUUUGUUCUUCCUGCCAUACAAAUGACAUGGCAGUCUUGCCAGCGAGAGUGUUACAUCAUUGGGAUUUUAAUCACUAUCCAGUUUCUCAACUGGCGAAAUCAUAUCUAGACUCCAUACACGAGCAGCCUAUGCUAUGUGUCAGUGCGGUCAAUCCUUUUCUGUCCUCGAAGGUUCCUGCACUGAACCAUAUUAUGAGCAUCAGGAAAAGAAUAACCAUUAUGAUUCCAUAUGUACACUGCUCAUUCCGCAAGACACUAAACAAAGGACUCAGUACUCGAAGACACCUUCUUGAGAGCACUGAUUUUUUUGCUUUGAGAGAUCUAAUUGAUCUUUCUAAAGGGCCAUUUGCAGCACUUCCUGGAAUCGUGGAGACCGUUAGGCAGAAAAUUCUGGAGCAUAUUACAGAACAGUGCCUUGUUUGUUGCGAUGUGGGGGUUCCCUGUAAUGCCCGGCAAGCUUGUGACGACACAUCCUCUUUAAUAUUUCCCUUCCAGGAAGAUGAGGUUAAGAAAUGCAGGACGUGCGGUUUGGUUUACCACAAGAGAUGCUUCUCAAGACUGUCAAGCUGCCACUGCGGAGCACAACUAAAGCCGAACAAGAGCCCUGCAGAGCAUCAAGUGUUGGAGAAGAAAUCUGAUUCCACGUCUGUUUUGCCUCUGCGAUUCCUCUCGGGUUUAUUUGGAAAGAGUUCAAAGAAAGACACAGAAACCACUAUUCUAAUGGGUUCGCUUCCAACCAAUGAUCUAUAGACUUGUUAUAGGUCUGAUUCUUUUAUAUAUGUAUGUGUGUUUAUGUAAACCUUUUGCCAUUUGUAACGUAAACCUCAGAUUGUAAAACCUAAUUUCUUUUACA